AUGGCAAGCGGGACGGACCUGGUACCGCUGUUCACGAGCUCCAGGGCGUCAAAUGGGAGCGGUUUCCAGCUGCAUCAAGCAGGUAUAGACGUGCUCUUAGGUGCGAAGCUUCUGACGCGGAAAGUGGCGCUUGUGGGUGUCCAUUACGCUACCGACAACAGCCAAUCAACCGAAGAGUCGGAGCGCGGUCUCUUUCUGAGUCCUAGCGCCGUGUCUGUGUCCAAACAGAACGCCAAUAUGCUGCUGCUGGUACUGCAAGGAGUUUCGCUCGUUGAAGAGUCAUUCUGGGGCUCACUGGUCUUUGUAUUGAGCUCACACGUGGUGGUGGUGACCGAUGGAGCGAUCUCCGCUGCGAAGAUCCAGACAGCGCUGCCAUUUCUAAAGGACUUUGCUCGGCUGCAGGUGGUAGACGGAGAUGGUGAUACUGAUAGAAAUGAACUUUUGUUGCAAGAGCUGACGCCACAUCUUACGUGGGGCGCUGUGGACCUCAAGAUCAAGGAUAUGAACGGCUGCGACUCGCCGUCCACGUAUUUCGAGCAGCAAUUGGCCGGCGGGUCGACGGAUGCUCAGCUGCUACUGAAGGCUCUUGUACCUGUGCGAGACUGUGUGGUGCUGAAAUCCAUUUCUUUCCAGGGACCGAAUCUCCCGCACACGUCGCCGAAGCUGCUGACGCAUGUAGCUGACCGACUGGAUUGUAAAUCCUUUUUUGGACGCUAUAUGGACGGGGCUCUGCUCGUACGGCUUAUCAGAUCCUUGACACAUGUCAUGGCAGCUCCUGAUGGAUCUUCAAUAGUGCUGCAACGUGUGGUGGCAAAUGUAGUUGCUACACAUUGGCAGGAACUAGUACAGCGCGCCUACGAAGCGUACUGCGACUUGUUACAUGCAAGGUUGUCGGUGUAUGAACGAACGCCUGUUACUGCAGAGUACCUUGUGGAUGUCACAGAACGAAAGCUGAUGUCAAGUCACUUGCAGAAUAAUCAGCAGCUUGAUGUUGCGGACGCAGAACCGGGAAUCUACUCGGCUUUCGAUGAAUUUGGUAAUUUGAAAACACAUCAAAUGUCUGAAGAGAAUGCCAACGGAAGGGAUAAUAUGGCGACAUCACCAGCAACUGCACCGCUUAAUACGGGCCUUUUUAGCUUUCUGAAGAACAGGGCUGGUCGUGCUUUCAGCAAGCAGGUUUCACGGCUUCCAGCUAGCCGUUGGAACACGUCGGGCAGAGUUGGUGGGCAAGCAACCACCGAAAAUUACCCUGAUAGUCGUGGUGGCACUUUGGCGGACGUAAAUGAGGCAGAGGCCGACCUUCUUGUGAAACCAAAGGCAGCAGGAGCUCCUGAGCAACUGCUAGCACGGUGCACGGCAUGUAUCGCAAGCUACUUGGUUCCCUCGGAGUAUUUAAACACUCCCAGUGAGAUGAUGCCCGUAGAUACUGUUGUGCUGAAUGCGGUGCAUGCGGAUGGUUUGGACAAAGCAAACGCAGUAUUGGAACCAUUUCUUGUAGAUUUGCGAGGUCCCGCGUCGUACAAUUCUGAUCUUUCUUGCCCGUUUGAUUCCACAGAUUUGUGGGUGAAGUUAGCACGUGUGCGAAGGCGCUUUGAUCGCGCGAAUGAAGUUUCAUCGGCUGUCUUUUGUGGCGAAUUACUUCGUUAUCUGCAUUCAGUGGUCUUGCAAAAGAACGAGACCGACACGGUGGCGCAGCAGGAGUUACGAGGUCGUACUGAAUCCUCGAUAAUGCUCGUUGACAAGAAGAGUGUGAGUGGUUCUGUCGCUUUGACGCGAGUACCGUUGGAGAUGCUAACGUACAAGAACAAUCUCGAGGCAAUGGUGUCUCAGUACAACUUUGUGUCGCGUGGUCCCCAGGCUGCAAAAGUCCUCGGUGGGUUUUUCCACGGACCCGUCCGCAGCCAGCUGCGAUACUUGGUUCAACAAGAGCACGACCGCUUUUCCGCAGCUUGUGAGGUAAAAGAGCGCCGUAUUGAGGAAUUGAAAGAGUCACUGAAGAGCAAGGAGCGUCAGGUGCAGCGUAUUACUAAGGUAAACACAGAGUGGAGUCUUCAGGAAAGAAGAGCUAUCGCCGAAAUCGAACGAUCUCAUGCUGAGCAGAAAAGCUCACUUGAGGGUGCGAUUCUUGGCAUAGAGACGCAGAUCGAACGCGCCUUGGCUGACCAGCAAGCUUUAUACCAGAGCACGAUGCAGGCUACGAGGCACACGAUUGACACAGUGGAUAGGGUUGCUGACGAAGGCCGUAUGGUAUCUGGCUACCUUGAGCGCUAUGAGAAAGGCCAUGUUUUUACUUCGCGGUGGCGCCAAUACUUUUACGUACUCAAGCAUGCAACGCUUACACGUUACAAGUCGAAGAGCGAGUACGAAGAACGCGGACCUCCGCUUGAACAGCCUAUUAGCAUUAGUGGUUACAGCGUUGUGCGCAGCCGAACUGACGAACUCAAGAUCAAAUUGGUUCCAGCCGAUGCGAGCCGUCGAAUGUAUCGCUUCCGCGCUCCUGCCAGCGUAGGCCGUGAAGUGUGGAUGAAGCGUUUUACAGAAGCCACACAGUUCAGAAGCCGAUAA